AUGAUCUUCAAGAUCCUUUGCGUUUCGCUGUGCGUGGCGUUGCUUGCCAGCCAGGCUCAUGGUACGUUCGAUGGUAGCGAUCGUUUCUACGAGUAUGUAGCGUACAGGAAAGACCUGUCGUUCUUCAAGGCGUGGCAAACCUGUCGCCUGCAAGGUGGAAAUAUAGCAUCGAUCUCGUCUUAUGAAGAGAACAUUCGCGUAUUAAGAGCGAUCUCGCAAAAGGGAUCACUAUUGGCCAAAUGGUACAUCGGUGCGACGGAUAUUGGCUACGAGGGUCGUUUCUUUUGGAUCGGAUUGAACAAGGAACUGUUGCCAACUUCGUACACUAACUUCGCCACGGGUCAACCCAGUGCCUCCUCAAGCAGUGAUGAUUGUCUGGUGAUGUCGAUCGGUGGCAAAUGGAGCGAUGCCGGAUGUGAUGGAGUUACCGGAUACGUGUGCGCAUACAGAAGCAUCCACUAA